CAAGUUUGGAACAAACAGCUCUGUAUUCGCUGUUGGCAAAACAAGCUGAGUUCUGGGGUGAUCCAUUAGACGAUAAAAGGGGCCAUGUGUCCCAGCUUCCACCGAAGUCACCUUCCUUGGAGCCACACACCAUGACCAGCCAGUCUCAGGGCAUCCAACAGCUCCUGCAGGCAGAGAAGAGGGCCAAGGACAAGCUAGAUGAAGCAAAGAAAAGAAAAGGAAAGCGAUUGAGGCAAGCUAAGGAAGAAGCCGUGGCAGAGACGGAUCAGUACAGAAUGCAGAGGGAGAAGGACUUCCGCCUGAAGCAGGCUAAGAUAAUGGGCUCUCAGAGCCACCUCGUGGAUGAAAUAGAAGAGCAAACGCUAGAGAAGAUCAAAGAAUUGAACGGAAGCUACAACAAGAGUGUGGAAAGCGUGAUUAAGCAGCUAUUGAGCAUGGUGUGCGACAUGAAACCAGAAGUCCAUGUGAACUACAGAGCCACCAACUGAAUGUGCUCCACACUUGCAAGUCCAUAGGGAUAGAGUGGGAGACAUGUUCUGUUAAUAUUAAGGCACUGUAACUGUGCACCUGAAGUUUACUACAAACUUUCAUGUCACAUAUUUCAUAUAUGGCACAGAAUUAGAAAAUAAGUAACAUGGCAUCAUUUCUUCUGGGUGGCACUUAAUAUGAAGCAAGUUAAAGAAAGGGAGGAACUUGAUUUCUAACACUUAACAAUCACUCCAGUAUAUUUUCACACUUCCUUUUAUUGGUUUAGAAGAUGCUUUAUUAGGUAGUCUUUCUAUAAAAUAAUUUUUAAGAGAACAUAAUUUUGACUCUUAGAUACGUCUGAAAUGAAUAUGCAAAGACUUGAUUUAAUUAAUUAAUCAAUGAGAAAACCCUAGUACUUCAUUGUCAGUUCAAAAGGCAUUUCUAAACUGUAUGUAAGAACAGAGACAGAAACAAAUAAUGUUACAAGUCACCUUAGAAUAAAUGAAUCUGCCAGGCAGUGUUGGUGCACGUCUAUAAUCCCAGCACU